GGGAUAUUGAAGCCAAUGACGUGGGCUACUCACUGACUCAGGGUAAAUCAAUUAGAGAUGUACGGACUUAUGUGCCUUACAUAACAGAAGCUCAAAUAAGUGCAACAAGAGAGCUGAUCAACAUGGGUGCGAGGCAUAUAAUAAUUCCUGGAAAUGCUCUAAUUGGUUGCUUUCCAUAUAUCUUAACUGCACUGCGCAGCAAUCAUCCCGACGCUUACGAUAAUAUGGGUUGUCUUAAAAGCGUAAAUGAUCUAAUCGCAUAUAAAAACGACAAUCUCCAAGCAGCUAUGAGAAAUCUGAGCAGAGAGUUCCCAGACGUUAGCAUAAUGUAUGGCCCGAUGGACGAAGGGAUGCGGCAAGUUAUUACCGAGACAUUAGCAGGCCCGUUUAGAAACACAACACUGCAAGCUUGUUGUGGAAUUGGAGGAAAAUACAACUACAAUAGCAGAAGGUUUUGUGGGAGUCGGGGUGUGCCUGUUUGCUCCAAUCCAAACAAUUACAUAUUCUGGGAUGGUUUGCAUAUGACGCAAGAAGCCUCGCUUCGAAUCGUCAGGAUUCUCAUUCAGCCCGCACUUUCUACACUAAAUUGUGCAACAUAA